AUGGGAGGAGACACCCACAACAGCUCAGGGUUGCCUCCUUUCACCUUGACAGGGCUCCCAGGGCUGGAGGCCUCCCAGCACUGGAUGAUUUUGCUCCUUGGACUCCUCUACACUGUCUCAAUCAUGGGCAAUAGCCUGAUCCUUUUCAUUAUCAAGGAGGAGCAGAGCUUGCAUCAGCCUAUGUACUAUUUCCUGUCCCUGCUCUCAGUUAAUGACCUGGGUGUGUCUUUCUCCACGCUGCCCACAGUACUGGCCACAUUUUGCUUCCACAUAAGAGAAAUCAGUUUCAAUUCCUGCAUGGUCCAAAUGUUCUUUAUUCAUUUUUUCUCUUUCAUCGAGUCUGGGAUCCUGCUGGUCAUGAGCUUUGACCGCUAUGUGGGCAUCUGUCACCCCCUGCGCUAUGCUACAGUGCUCACUGAUGCCCGUGUGGUGCAGAUGGGCAUAUCUGCUAUUAUCCGCAGUUUCUGCAUGAUUUUCCCUCUGCCUUUGCUUCUGUUGAGGCUGCCCUUCUGCAAGGCCAACGUGCUCUCCCAUGCCUACUGCUUGCAUUCAGAUCUGAUCCGCCUGCCCUGUGGUGAUGUCACCAUCAGUAAUAUCUUUGGUCUAUUUAUUGUCAUCUCUACCUUUGGCCUGGAUUCUGCACUCAUUCUCCUCUCUUAUGUGCUCAUACUGCGUUCUGUGCUUGCCAUUGCCUCCAGGGAGGAACGACUGAAGACGCUCAACACGUGUGUGUCACACAUGUGUGCUGUGUUCAUCUUCUAUGUGCCCAUGGUUGGCGUGUCCAUGGCUGCUCGCUAUGGGAGGUAUGCCCCACCCUAUGUACACACACUCAUGUCCCUUAUUUAUCUAUUUGUGCCUCCGAUGCUCAACCCUGUCAUCUAUUCCAUCAAAACCAAAGAGAUUCGGCGAAGGCUUUGCAAAAUUCUUCUGAGAAGGAAGUUUUGA